AUGUCAUAUAUAGUAAAUAAGUACGGGUGAAAACAUUAAUAGGUACAACACCAUUGCUUGUGUGACUGCUAUAUGUGCGUCAUCAAGGAUCGAUAUAUCUCGAAUCUCGAACCGAUACGACUGUCGAUUCUACUAAUUCAUUGACGUUAUAACUCCUUAUAGUCCAUUCUACAGUAAUACAGAUUAAACACAGACGGUAUGUAUAAGUGUGGUUAAUUGUAAAAUUUACAAUUUAAACGUAAAAAACGUUUUAUUUAACAUAAACGGGCGUGGAUAACAGAUAAAUUUUUACAUUCAGUUACAGAUAACGAGUUCCAUUGCUAGUGGAAUAAUCAGAAGCGGCAAAAUGACGGAAUCUGAGAAUAUUUUCUUGUUUGUGCCCAACAUUAUUGGUAAAUAAAAUUUAAUUCUAAUAUUCUUAUGACAAUUUGAAUUUAUUUUAUGUUAUUUUAUACACAAAAAUAUUGUGUAUUUUUUAAAACCAAUAUAUGUAAUAUAUUAAAAUUUAAAAAUAAUAUAUGUAUGAUAAGUAAAAUACUAUCUUAAAAAUAUUUAUCUUGUAUGAUUUUCUUUUAUUGCAACACAUAUUUUAUAAUCUUAAAUUUGUUGUAUUAAUGAACAGAUUGAUGCUAUAACACAUAUUUACAUGAAUUUAUUAUUUCUGAUACAUAAAUGGUUUUUAUGAUCAAAUAUUAUUUUUCUUUUUAUAUUUUAAAUGUUAAAAAAUAUAAAGUUCAUCAUUAGCUAUAGAGAAUAUAAUACAAAAAGACUAAAAGCAUUGCACUUUUAAGACUUCCUAUGAUCUAUAGUGAUUCAAAGAUUGGUUUUAUGUAACUAUUCACUAUAUUUGAAAUAAAAAUAAAAGUUAUUCAGUUGAUAAGAUAAGGAAAUAUGUUGUAAAUAUAUUGAACACUAUUAAAACUAUAAUAAAUUACAAAAGAUAUAAAAAUGAUAAUAAUAAUAAUAAAUAAUGUAUGUAUGUAUGUAUAUAUUAACAGGCUAUGGCAGAGUGAUUUUGGCUAUUAUAUCUUUUUAUUUUAUGACAACUAACCAUGUUAUUGCAUCAUGGUGUUACAUUAUUAGUGCACUAUUGGAUGCAGUGGAUGGUCAUGCAGCAAGAUAUUUUAACCAAAGUACCAAAUUUGGUGGUAUGUUAGAUCAAUUGACUGAUCGUGUUGGUACCAUGUGUCUUUUAGCUACAUUGUGUAUGUUUUAUCCAUCAUAUUCAUUCUGGUUUCAAUUAAGCAUGGCCAUUGACAUUAGUUGCCAUUGGAUAUACUUGCACACAUCACUUUUACAAGGGAAAACAAGUCACAAAUUUAUUGAUAUGUCUGAAAAUUCAAUUAUGAGAAUGUAUUAUACUAAUCGUACAGUCUUAUUUAUUAUGUGUGCUGGUAAUGAAGCCUUUUAUGCUGCAUUAUAUCUCCUUUACUUUACGCAAGGACCUACUUGUAAGUUGUUGGUAAUGUAUCUUUCUGCACCUAUAGCAUUUAUCAAAGCUGGUAUUUCAUUGUUACAUGGAUAUGUAUCCUGCAUUAAUUUAAGCAUUAUUGAUCUCAAGGAAAGACAAGAGCGUUUAAAAGUAAAUUAAGUUUAUUAAAUAUUUAAUCAAAAUAAAUGUGAUUGAAUGAUCUUCCUAAAUUAUAUAUAUAAUUAUAUUUAUGUCAGUUGAUCUAAUUGAAUGUAUCACAAUUGAAGUUAAAAACCAACAUAAAGUAGAUAUAUGUUGCUAGUCAUUAUUGAAUUUCUAUUUUAAUAAUAACAAGCAUAUUAUAAAUAUUAUAUGUUAUAUUCCAAAAUAGUUAAAAGUCUAAGAUAUUUAAACAAAUAUCAGUAGAUUAUAAUAGAUCUCAUAUUUUUCUAUUUCAUAAAUAUUAUAUUUUCGUGUGAAGAAUUCAAUGAUUAAAUAUUUUGUGUAUAAAAUUCAAUGAUUUUUUUGAUAAGUUUUUUUUAGAAUAGCAUUAUCUAGAAGAUGUAUAAAUAUACUAAAUAUUAAUUUUUAAAUAUUUUAAUGUAAUCUAUUAAAAAUAUAUUUAAUAUCUUAUAAUUUUAUAUAUAUUAUAUAUUGUAGUUUUUAUUAGAUUUUUCCUGUACUUCAUAG